AUGGUAGCAUUGACGGGGGCCAUUGUUUUGGCGCGAGAGAAAACGCCAUCUUCAUUCAAGAUAUCGUCGCGGGAUAACGGUGCCGAGCACGCGUACGCGCUCCGUCCCUCUCUGGCACCGUACGAAAGCCAUAAGCGGAAGCAGGACGGGCGCCGUCGUCGGACAGCGAACGAUUACUCGACUGACCUACUCAAAUGCACACACUCUUUCUCGCAAGCAAGCGGAACC